ACCAAGGGGGAGGUGCCCGGUCGCUUCUCCCGCGUCCGCCAUUUUGUUGCUGUGGCUAUUGGGAACGGGUAGGGUAGGACGGUCCGGGAGGCGCGACUGUUGUUGGAGUGCGGUGCUUCGUGUGACGGCGAGGAACGGUGCGGGCUCUUGAGGCUGCGGAGCCGGCGGCUUCCAGGACAGAAGUCGCUGGAGCCUCCCCUGAACUCCGGACAGCUGAGAAGCCCGAGGCGGCCUCUGCUACUGCUCUGUUUCGCCCACCUCGACCCCGGGGUUUUGCCCACUGUUCCCGGACCGGCUCUCUCCGUGAGGCGGCCCUGUGCAGGAGGGCGGUGGCGGAGGAUGCUGCGGGGCCCGGAGCCUAGAGGAACGUCCUGACCAAGCCCUCUGAUUGUUCCUCGAAGUGUUCGAGAAGAGGCCCUUCCUCGACCCCAAAGCCGACAGCGGGUAAAGGCUUCCAGAGCAAGCGAGAGCAGCAGACGCCGCCCAUCCCCGGGCCCAACACCAUGUCCUCCGCCAGGUUUGAUUCUUCAGACCGCUCUGCCUGGUACAUGGGGCCAGUGUCUCGCCAGGAGGCGCAGACCCGUCUCCAGGGCCAGCGCCAUGGCAUGUUCCUAGUCCGGGACUCAUCUACCUGCCCCGGGGACUAUGUACUGUCCGUGUCCGAGAAUUCGCGUGUCUCGCACUACAUCAUUAACUCCCUGCCCAACCGCCGCUUUAAGAUCGGGGACCAGGAGUUUGACCAUUUGCCGGCCUUGCUGGAGUUCUACAAGAUCCACUACCUGGAUACUACCACCUUAAUCGAACCAGCGCCCAGGUACCCCAACCCACCAAUGGGUUCUGUCUCAGCACCCAACUUAUCUACAGCAGAAGAAAAUCUGGAAUAUGUACGGACUCUGUAUGAUUUUCCUGGGAAUGAUGCUGAAGACCUACCCUUUAAAAAGGGUGAGCUUCUAGUGAUAAUAGAAAAGCCUGAAGAACAGUGGUGGAGUGCCCGCAACAAGGACGGCCGGGUCGGGAUGAUUCCUGUCCCUUACGUUGAAAAGCUUGUGAGGUCCUCACCACAUGGAAAGCAUGGAAAUAGGAAUUCUAACAGUUAUGGCAUCCCAGAACCUGCUCACGCAUAUGCUCAACCUCAGACCACAACUCCUCUACCUACAGUUGCCAGUACUCCUGGGGCAGCGAUCAACCCUUUGCCAUCCACACAGAAUGGACCUGUCUUUGCAAAAGCAAUCCAGAAGAGAGUACCUUGUGCUUAUGACAAGACUGCCUUGGCAUUGGAGGUUGGUGACAUUGUGAAAGUCACAAGGAUGAAUAUCAAUGGCCAGUGGGAAGGCGAGGUGAAUGGGCGCAAGGGGCUUUUCCCCUUCACACAUGUUAAAAUCUUUGACCCUCAGAAUCCCGAUGAUAACGAGUGAUUGCUGUGCUGUCCCUGCUGCUGCCUCCUUCUGCCUGUCAGUCUUCUUUGAAGUGGGAAGCACUCUGUCACAUGCAAGUUACACCACGCUGCUGGUGGCCGGCUUUCGUAUGUUGGCGGUCCCUGCACCUGGAAUGCCUCAGCAGCAGCCCCGGCAUUUGUAUCAUAGUCAUGCUGUCAAAGAGUAGCUGGUUUAGAGUUCUUGUGGAUUAUGAGCUGGAAACACUGGCGGAAGCACCCAGUAGAGAGAAUUUAACCUAGAAAGGGUCUUCCUUCUCAUCACUGCCUUGUUUGUACUGGAGGCCAAUGGUCGUGCUCGCCAGAGAGAGUGAGCCUGCUGGUGGUCUACAUGGAGAUGGUGAGGCUUAGCAAGAUCUCGCUGUUGCUGGUUCACAGAACAGUGGCUUUGCCACCAACUUGAUAUUCUUUGGACAACAGAGGAAGUAAAACUCCAGACAACUCUGUCCGAACUCCUGAAGUGUCUGGCUUGUUUUCAUUUUCUUUUGUUUAGUUUUGUUUUUGGAAGACUAAUUAAUUAUAGUUGUGUGUUCUGAACAGAUUUUUAAAUAGUAGGUUGGAUUUUUGUGAUGGGCUAAGGAACAAUCCAUGUCCCUGAGCUUCCAAACUGAAGCCGCUGUAUGUAACUAAAAAUGUGUGAAGACACCCUGAAGUGAGGCCUUUAUCUUUUGGUUGCCAUAAUACCUUGUUUACCAUGUGGCAAACAGUGCACACAAGCAGCAUUUGCUGUGUGCCGUGCUGUGAAUCACCAAGGUGGGGUGCAGGCCUGUUGUCAUUGCUGCCUCUGACAGGAGCAAACAGGGUGGACCCCUUCAGUGAGCACACCCCUUUGAGAACAGUGAAGCCCAUGGGCUUACUAGAUUCAUGAGUUAAAUUGCGUUGCCAUGUUCUGCCGCACAGGCUCCUCAGCCCUUCCUGCACUGACCUAUCUGGUCCAGGCUGCCCGAGAGUGGUGGCUGUUCUGUUCUGCAGGACCAGAACACAGUGCUUCUGAGCAGAAGGAGAGGAGACGCCCACCGACCAUGAGCCACUUUCCUGCACGUCAGCCAUGUCAGCCAGUACAGAUGUGUGUCUGCCCUCAGACACACAUCUACACCAGAGUUCCAGAACCUUCCAUAGUGUGCUCUCUUCAGCUAGACCCUGACGAGGACAAGCCUCCACACAGCGCAGCAGACUCAGAGCAGUGGUUAUUAGUGAGUGGCUCCAGCAUCAGUGUCUUCUGUAGCGAUGGCUCUGGCUCUGGAGACCUCAGGCUUUGAGAACUGAGGAACAUAUUCAGGUGACAGAACCAAUAAAACCAUUUGUCCACUGUAUUUAUUUCUCUUAAAGACUUUUUAAAAUUGUGUUUAUGUUAGGCAUGGUGGCUAUACCUUUAAUCCCAAUACUCAGAAAGGCAAAGGCAAGUGGAUCUCUGAGAGUUCAAGGCUAUCCUAGUCUAUGUAGUUUGUCACAGGACCAGCAGGCCUACAUACAGAGCCCUUGUAUCAGAAAACGCCCCACCCCACCCCCAUAAAAAAGGUCACUGGGUGUUUCCACUGCAUGUAUGUAUGUGUAUCACAUGGGUGCAGUCCCUAAGGAGGCCAGAAAAGGGUGUUGGUUAGAUCCUCUGGAACUGUGGAGUUACUAUGUGGGUUCCGGGAAUUGAACCUGGGUCCUGUGCAAGAGCAGCAAGUACUCUUAACCACUGAGCCAUCUCUCAGCCUCAUCAGUUUCUCUUUAAGUCAGUAUUCCAUCAGGCUGAUAAGUGCCAUAGUAAAGAAUGUUCAUGUGAUAAAGUAGUGGUCAUUGGUGUUUGGGGAGUGUUGUGUCUCCUUGUCUGUGGUAGAGGUUACUUCUUUUUGCCUCUGAAAGCUGCCAUUUCUAGCCAGACCUGUUGAGUGGACUUAGGUGUUCAGGCCCCAAACUCUGCCUAGAACAAGACUUAAGACUUGCCUUCUGGCCAGUUACACAGUUCAACCCUAGGCCUUUGGUGCCUCCACAAGAAUACAUGCCUUGUUCACAGAGGGCACAACCCCCAAGGAUUCACACCCUGUCACUGGGGCUUGGACCUCAUGCCUUAUGCUAGAUAACCGUCUGCCAAUUAGCUCUUUUUUUUUUUUUUUUUUUUUAAUUUGAGAUGGAAUCUCUAUAAAUUGCCCAUGCUGGCUUCAAGAUUUCCAUCCUGGCCUCAGCUGAAAUUACAAAGGUUUGAGUCACCACACCCAGCUCUUAAGGUCUUUUAAAACUACAUUUAACUGAAGGGCUUGGUGCCUUUUGAUUAUAGCAGCUUGCUUAGCACAAGCAGCCAAUUUUGAGAACAGGGUUUCCUGUCUCCCAAGACUGUUGACCAGCAAGACUCCAUAAGAAAUACUUCAUGAUCAGAAUAUCCCGUAACCCUAGAGUUUGGUUUAUGUAAUCAAUUAAUUUGGCCCAUGUAAAUAUCUCUACAGCUUCCUUGGUGAUCCAGAUCUCAAAAUAAAGUCUCAACUUUCUGAACUCUCAGGAUAUGUGCCAACAAUAGUAAUUUUCUGACUUAGACGCUCAUCAGUCUUUUUACUCAUGAAAAUUUUCUUUUUCACACUGAUAAAAAGUGGCAUCUUCCCUAAGUUCCCUUCCUCUGGGAAGGCCUGGGGAGCAUGGUGGGGCUUUCCUCUUCACCAUCAGUGUUGGGUGGUCUGCUCUGCUGUGUUGUAGAAAGAACUGGGAUUACAAACUCACUCUCUAUGGCUGCUCUGUCUGAGAAGGAAACAAUUAGGUAGGGCAUUAAGGGCUAGUCCUGGGUGACAGCCUCCCAUCCCCAACCCCUACAUAGAAGGCAUGUUUGUCACUUGUGCACUGCUUUGAUGCCACCUUUUCUGAAGUUAACAGGGUGGCACCGGCUUUGGCCAUGCAGACUCAACCCCCUGUGCUCACCGAAAGAGACUGUGCCCUCUCUUGGAGUUGCACGUUCCUGGCACUGUGCCAGCCUUCCUCUACAGCUGUUUACAGACAAGAUGGGCCAAGACUGAUGGCCACUGCUCUUGUAACCUUUGCUCAAAAGAAUAAUGAGCAUUUUUUAAAAAAAGGGAUGAUGUGUUUUUGUUCCAGGUGUUCGUAAUUUAAUCUUUUAAUAUUAUGUUCAUUAACCUCUUAAAAUGAGUGAAUUCUUGAUUGUUUUAACACAGUACCUAAGACUAAUGCUUUCUGUGGACUCCUCACCAUGGAACCAGAGAACCACAUCCCUGGUAACUGCUGUGAGUGUGGACACUAAGCUGCUUGUACAUUCUAAAGGAGCAGGAGGACAGUUCUCUGAGACAGGAGGAACAGUGGCCUUGCUUCUAGACGGUCUUCACUGUGUGUUUUAAAAUGACACAAAACUCUUUUGACAUGUAUAACUUAAAGAUCAUAAGCAUCGGGCAAUAAUAUUUUCUGUGCAAGCUUUUAAAAUUAUUUUUGGGGAUCAUAGCUUGUUUUAUUUUGUGCUAUAAAAUUAACAGUAUUAAAUGACUUAUAUUCUUAGACUACAUUGAGUGUCUUUUUCUUAACAGAUUAGUGCCUUUUUAUUUUUGUAUUCCAUUUUACGUUACUGGUCCCAGCAUCAAAGCCCUUGUUUCCACAGCCUGUUUGUACCUUGUCUCAAUAAAACUUGCACCAGCCGGCAGUGGCAGCA